CAGGAUGGGGAUAGUCACCCUGGCACUGCUGUGGCAGACCUAUUGUAAUGAGAAAGGAAGUCUUUAAGGGGCCACCAGUAGAGAGAACAAGUGUGUAUGUGUGUGUGUGUGUGUGUGUGUGUGUGUGUGUGUGUGUGUGUGUGUGUGUGUGUGUGUGUGUGUGUGUGUGUGUGUGUCAUGUUUGCAUGUGUAUAUCUGUGCAGCACAGAGGGAUAGGCAAAGCGUGAAUGGGAGGUCUCAGGCAUUUAACAAUUUUCAUGUAACCGUUUCAGCUGGGAAAAAAAAGAAACAGAAGAAUUUUUCACUUCUCCAAAAGCAGCUGUUGAAGCGGGGCCGUGAGGAUGAAUGUGAGUCAGCUGAACACCUCCAUACAAUGCAAACUGGACACCAGGAUUACCUCGGUCCUCUUCCCCUGCUUGUACUCUGCCCUCUUCCUGGCUGCCAUCAUCCUCAACUGCUUGGCUGCAUGGAUCUUCUUCCAGAUUCACAGCAGCUCCACUUUUGUAGUCUACCUAAAGAACGUGGUGGUGGCCGACCUGCUCAUGACGCUGACUGUUCCUUUGAAGGUACUAACGGACGCAGGCAUCGGCUCAGCCACAUUGAGAGCCAUCUACUGCCGCUACACGGCCGUGGUCUUCUACACCACCAUGUACAUCAGCAUCCUGCUGCUGGGUCUCAUCAGCCUGGACCGCUACCUGAAAAUCGUGCGGCCUUUCGGAAAGUGCGCGCUGCAGCGAGUCGGCGUGGGUAAGGCAGUGUGCGCAGGGGUCUGGGCCGUCAUGGUGGCUUUUGCGCUGCCAAAUGUGAUCCUGAGUGACCGUGAGCUUCCUGUGAGUCGUAGUGGAAAGCUGAAAUGCAGCAGCAUGAAGAGUAAGCCUGGCCUACGCUGGCACGAGGGCUUUAACUACUUUUGCCAGGUGGUGUUCUGGGGGACGCUGAUUUUAAUGGUCAUCUGCUACACCUUCAUCAGCAGGAAGGUUUACGAGUCGUACCGCGCUUCAAGGAGCAGCUCCGGCAAGGCCAGCAAACGCACCAAGUCCAAGGUGUUUGUCGUAGUUGGCGUGUUCUUUGUAUGCUUCGCUCCCUUCCACUUGGCCCGAGUUCCCUACACCCUCACUCAAACCCGAGGCACGUCGACACAUUGCUGGGCACAGAAGCAGCUCUACUUGGCGAAGGAGAUCACGCUCUGGCUGUCAGCCACCAACAUUUGCUUGGACCCUCUCAUCUACGUCUUCCUGUGCCGGGUCUUCCGCAGGAGAUUAACUGCUACUCUUUGCCGCAAGCCUUUACCCCGUGGAGGGCUGGAGUCCCCUACAGAAACCUCGACCAAGCAGGAGCUGUCUCACAUGGGUCAGUGUAACAAUGCUAAAGAGAGCCACUCGCAUUAAUGUCAUCAUUAACGUGGACGUCACAUGAUGCCUGGACUUCGAGGUGAUAUCAGAUUAAUUUUAUAAAAUGGUACUUUUUACUGCAUAUAUAGUACAUUUACUGAAACCUGUUGAAAUACCUGUACAUAGAUCCUAUGACUGGGUUUUAUUAAAACAAUUAUCCAAACCCAGUACAACACUUGUAAGCAGUUUUAAUGUAGGACUCGAGGAUACAAUAUUUCAAUGAGUUAGAGUCUAAUCUAUAUUAAUAUUAUGAGAAAAGUGUGUGUACUUGGAAUUUGCCUUCUCGAUGUCUGUAAGUAUUAGAGACGGCUCGUGCCUCUUUCUCUUCCUAUCAUAUAUUUCUUUGCCAUCUCAAUUUUAAUAAACCAUAAAUCUCUUAAAACGGCCCUAUUCCGAGAAGAUGUUUAAAGAUAUUUAUAGCUAUUUAUUUAUGAUUCCUUACUGAUCUCAUAUACUGGCCAGUGACUAAAUAAAAAAAUUGGAAUGAGUUAAUAACCUUACAUUGGCACCAUGAAUAAGAAAAGGAAUUUUAAGACCUCGUCGACUUACGGAGUUUUUUUUCCCAACGUUCCAAAAUUUCCAACAUUCCUGAAAAUGAAUUCAAAGGAUCUUGAAUUGAAGCAAACCAACUUUAAUUAUUGGUUUCAGUUUUUUUACAUGUACAUUUUUAAGCCGUGUCCCAAAUCGCAUGCAUUGAUCAAUGUCGUUUUCGAGUCUUUGUGUGUUCAUACACAAAGUGUAGAAUGUUGGACAGUUCAUUCACUCGACGCUCGCUUAGUUCUGCAUACUUAACAGGAAAGAGGCGGAGCUACCAGGCGCUGACACUGCAUGAGAAAAUCCAGUGUCAUAUUUUAAGAUGGCUGACGACACUCUGGUGGACAAGACACCUUACACAUGUUUUGUUUGUUUUUUUUAAAUAGCCCACGUGUGUUGUUUAAUUUUUCAACAUUUACAAAAAAAAUCACUAUAAAAAUGAUGGUUACUAAGAAAAACAUUAAUAUUUUAUUUGUUUCAUUUUAUUUACUGUUAGCGAGAGUGUAUAGGGUGUAGUACGUUAUUUGGGAAGCAGCAUUAGAUGGCAAAAACAAAAAGUACUAAAGAUUUUUGGUAACUAAUGGAUUAGCUUCUGGUAAAUAUAUGCUAAUAUAUGCUAGGCUAAUAAGCGUAAAAAAAAAUUGUAGUUAAAUUUGCUGCUUUAAAAUCUCAAAUAUUAUAACAGAUAUUUAAUUUGAAAUGUAAUUAAAUGCAAUGAGUAUAAUGUGAACCGUGAUGUAGACAUCUGGACAAAGCUUCUUUAUAAAAAUAAUAAUAAAAAAAGAGAUAUUUAUUGCAUAUUUUUUAAUGUAUUGGGUUCAUCUGUACAUAAAUUUUUUUUGCCGCCUUUUUUUCCCAUAUUUAACGUUUUGCCUUCGCAUGAUUUCUUUGGAUCUCUUGAAUUUUCAACUGUUGAAAAUUAGAAUAGCACUUUAUUUUAUAAUUAAUGUAGUAUUCAAUGAGGAAAUAUGUAAUAAUUUGAAGUCUUGUACAUACUUUGCAUGUCGAAUAAAUUUGGAAAAAAAUUG